UUAUCUCACAAAUAUAAUUUUAAAUGUUGUGCUUCUCAAAAUGGUAACACGUGUGUAUUACUGGAAGAUAUCAUUAUUUCGGAAUGUUACUUAAAUUGAUCAUUUUGAAUCUGUUUUUAUUUUCAUGCGUUAGCUGCAACACGGAUUCUGACUUGUGCGCAGUUUACCGAGAUGGAACAAUAUACAAUUUCAACUGUGAUGGUGGGUACUGUUGUGAAGAAAAUACAUCGGGAUGCUGUUUAUAUGACACUGAGAUCGGAGUUAGCACAAUUUGGCUUGUUGUUGGAAUAGUUUUUGCUGUUUUCCUACUGUUGACUCUUAUUGGAAUAUGUUGUUACUAUUUAUCCCGAAGUUCCUUUUGUCGGUGGUUGUCGUGGUCAACUUCAUACUCUUCGACGCAUAUACGACCUCUGAUUCUCGGGUCAAAGAGUAAUGAAUCAGAAUUGUCGAGUUCCGCUGAAAAAGAUAACCAGGAAGCCGUAUACGAAGAAAUAAACGGCUCAGACUCCUUUACUUCGACUAUAUCGACGACCACAACGACAGAAGAUGAUUUAACCGCAGACAAAAUAUCCUGUUGUCCUACCCUCGACUGUUCAUGUCCUUGCCCAUCAUUGCCCAGUUUUGAUUGGCUGACAAAAAAGAAAACUCGCAAGUCACUACCUUGGGAUGACGAAGAGGCCAUGAUGAUUCCAGGUUCUAAGGGACGACGUAGAAUGGGCAGACCAAUCCACUGGGUUGGAUCAUCUCCAGCACAAGCAAAACCACCCCACCCGACGAAGAUCAAAAAACUUCGAUCACUGCAGAACGUGCCUGUAAAGUCGUUUCUACAAGAACCAAAAUGGAAAAGAUCAAAAAGAAGUAAAAAAAGACGCAGAAGAAUAAAACAACUAAGAAAAAGAAGCCACGACGAUAUGAGCGUUCAAAGCCAGAGAAUCGAAAAUCGUUAUUAUCAAUUUAAAGGGAUCGAAUCCAAAAAAUUGUCUAUGUCCGAAAGUAACUUGUUCGAAUUCAAACGAGAAGGUGGACCGGUAGAAAUUAUAACUGGGGAAAGAAUUCCUAAUCAAUCAAACCAAAUUCCAGACGAGUGGGCACACGUAAUGAUGCAACUUAAAGCCGUCGAUGGCGGAGAGAACAAGUACAAAUGGCUGGAGAAACAUUACGGUAGGCAUUACCGCCCACGUCGGCGAACAACUUGCCUUGAUUCUAGGCAAGCUGAUCGCAUAGUUCAGACGCUCAGCGCUUCAGGAAAACGCCGAAAAAAGAAACGACUGUCAGGACCACCUAAAGUAAGUUUUGAAAAGCGCAGAAAAUCUACAAAAAAAUAUUAUUCGGAAGGAUAUGCAUCCCCUAAUGAAAGUUCUGAAUAUUCAAACUUGCCUCCUCCACCGCCUUCAAUGUUAAGCAAUCAUGGAUUUCCCGCCGCCGAUGUCAAUUUAGCCGGAAUAGAGUCAUCAUUUGCCGACGUUCUUACGCAGUCAUCAUCCGACGAAGACGAUACACUGCAUGGCCGUAAAAGGAAUACUUGGUACAAUAUGUUAAUGCCAUCUCCAAGAAGUAGUCCAUCUUCAGAAGAACUGCCUGGCAUGAUAUCGGAAGCAAGUUCAAUUGUAGAUUUUCAUACUCCUAGACAUCAAAUUAGCAACCCUGAAUCUCCAACACAGGACCCAUCAUUCUCGAGAUUAAGACCACAUUCGGGAUCUUUGAAUUCAAAUCAAUCUGUGGAUACACGGGCUCUCGGACUGUUAGAUAUAGGUGUAUGGAUGACAGAGCAAAUUUUAAAAGAAGAAGAUGACAGAAACGAAAGUAAAGAAGGCAACGAAGAAACUGAAAAUAUGUCAACACCAGCUCGACCUGAUAUUGUAAUUGUGAGUGAUAUUGAUGACCAAAACAAGGAGUAGUGUGUGUUGAGGUGCUAUCACGACCACACUCUAGUACAUGUAAAAUCCGUUGCAAUUGUUUUCAACCUAUCUCUUGGAGCAAAACGACCAAGAGAACUUGUUCGAUUUUGCAAUUUGAUCUUUGACAAGCAAAAUGAAUAGAUAUUUUUGUCAAUCAAAUCUCUAAUUUUUAAUAGGCAGGGGCAAAAAUAAUUUUCAAGAGAUCAUAAUUUCAGAGUUGUUCGUCUCUUCCAGUAGAAUUCCCUAUUUUUUAUGAUGUUCUAAAAGCUUCAAUUUAUUCGAUAAUAACAUUUAACCUUGAUUUGAUCUAGUACUUUCCAAUUCAAUGUAUAUAUCUGGUUAUGUAUAAGCUCAUUUUAGUAGUAGGAAAAAUGUAAACUUCUUACUUUCAAUUAUUAUUCCCAUCUUCCCACUGGUUAAGAACCCCUGUCCCAAUUAAUCGAUGAUACACCUGCUUAUACACUUUUUACCACUGUAUUGUGCAAAAUAUUAUCUUAAUGAAAUAUCAAUUGUAAAAAUCCUUUAUCAUGCGAUUGGUAACUAUGUGGCUGAGGAAAGAUUUCGGGCUCAGGAAACUGAAUAAAGGAUUGCCAGAAAUCAGAUCUGCCAAAGCUUUAUUAUUUGAUACAAAAACUUGCCUGCCAUUUAUUUCCACGGUGCUAUUUGUAUUUUUAGUGUAAUACGGUCAAGAGCAAUUGUUCAUAUAUAAAGUGUCCAAUAUGAUAGGCCAAUAAUUUUCAAAUAGUUCUCAAAUUAAAUGUAUGCGGUAUUUUAUUCAUUGUGUAUAAAUAUUACAAACAUUGUUGUCGUGUUCUCUCUCAAUAUCUUAGUAUUUUGAAAAUUGACUCAAUGCGUCGAGAUAUUUUCAAUACCAUUAAACCAAGUGCACGGUUAAACAAAUUUGAAUGAUUGCAUCGCAAUGUCUGCAACAUUGCAAUGUAUGAAAUAUUUUACUGAUGUCAUAGGUAGGUGUGCGAUGAAUUAUAAAAAAAAACAUGAUGUUGGAUGAACUCGUGUACUACUUAGAAACUGUAGAAAGUAUUUUAGGCGAUAAUACAAUACAGAGUUGGAACCUAAACUCCGAUUCGCGAGUUCACGACUCAUCAGUUGACAUUCGGACAAUCAUGAAAACAAGUCCAGUCGAACACUCCAUAAGCAACAGGCAAAUACAUACUUAGAACAUCGAAUCGCUCGAACUACAAUUACCUCAAUGUCUUGCGAUAAAAUAAAUUUACUUAUCUGGUAUUGAACACUUGUAUUUUGGGAUGAAUAAGACAUUUUCUGGGUUAUACCUCAUUAAUAUAGUUACUACUAUAGUGUAGUGGAUUAGCGGUAUUUUGAUUUUUCAAUACGACACUGAGCAAAGUAUGAAACCCUAUUUUACCACAAAAUCUUUCUUAUCUUGAAUUUAAUUAUAAUAAAAUAUGAUCACAAAUGAGU